UUCUUUCGGGCCACAGUUGAAAGUGUACUGCUUUAUGGUGCUGAAUGCUGGACGAUGACUGGAAAGAUGAUGAAUAGACUAGAUGGUACGUACACAAGAAUGCUCAGAGCAGUUCUUGGAGUUUCCUGGAAGGAGCAUAAAACCAACAAAGAACUGUACGGCAAUCUUCCUAAGAUUACAGAUACACUGAUGAUCAGGAGGCUGCGGUUUAUAGGACACUGUUGGAGAAAAAAGGAUGAGGUGAUAAGUGAUUUACUACUCUGGGAACCAAAGCACGGCGCAAGAAAGAGAGGAAGACCAGCAUUAACAUACGUAGACCAGCUGCAAAAUGAUACUGGUUUGAGCAUAGCUGAACUGAAGAACAUCAUGGAAAACCGGAAGGAAUGGAUGAAGCUAGUUAAUGGAGUUCGAGUUCGCUCGAAAUAA